CUUCAUAAUAUCCUUACUUUCUUUCUUUCUUUGUAUUUCAUAAAAAAAGCUUCAAGUCUCAAUUGUGUUUAAUUUGUGCAUCAAUAUUCAUAUAAUUAAGAUGGCUGCUUAUGCAGCUCUGGUUUCUCUUCUGCGUAUUAUAGAUGAUAUUGAAACUCAUCCUUCCCCUCCGAUUUCUCUCGACAACCAACAAGUCCAAUUUCUCACACAUAUAGUUACCUUCUUGCAGGAAUUUCUCGAAAGCUACAAGUCACCUUACGAGUACAGCGACGAAGCAGAUCCAUUGGAGAUUCGCAUUAUAGAUGCAACACAACUGGUUGAAGACGUGGUCGAGUCCUAUAUUAUUGACACAAUCCAGAUUUCUGCAGCAGCAACUGAUGAACAAAUCAGUUGCAUCCAUUUCUAUCAAGAUCUGCAAAACGUGAUAGAAAAUAUGGAUUUGAUCAAGAAAGAGGUGACUGCGAUGACAAUGGAGAAGGAAGAGCACAAGAGAAAGGUGGCAUCUGAUGAUGCUGGUUUAAGAUCCAGUUCCACUAACAAGAAGCAUCUAAUGAUAGGGUUUGAUGAUGUGCUUCUUCAACUCCUGGAUAGGCUUACCGAUGGAAACACCAAUCACCAGAUCAUCCCUAUCGUAGGGAUGGGUGGCAUCGGCAAAACCACUCUUGCAAAAGAUCCUCCGAGUGUGGAUGACGAUGAUAUCAUUAUCAUGGAGAAUCUAGAAGUGCUUGAUGGAGUGUUAAAUUUGAAUGUAAGUGAAGAUGUUGUUAAAAGAAUUCCCAAUAUCAAGGAAUUGAAUAUGAGAUAUUCGGGGCUGUCUUCAGCUGAUGGAGUGAACUAUCUGAGCCGUCUUGAAUGUCUUAGUAAACUGGAAUCCUUGGAGUUGUAUAUCAAGUCCCCUGAUAUUGGAAAGUAUCUGCAGAAGACCAACUUGCCACCCUCCCUUAAAAUGUUGAUUCUCCGGCUACAAGGUGAUUUUGAGUUGGAGCACAUACUGGUAAAGAUAGGUUCCUUACCACUUCUUGAGAAGCUCGAAUUAUAUAGGUGUGGGUAACAAUGGAAGACCAAUUCCAGAGUCUCAAGUCACUAACAUUGUAUAGGUGUGGUGAUCUAGAAAAGUGGACAGUGUCAGAGAGCUCCCACUUUCCACUUCUUAUAGAGCUUCAUCUUUCUUUGUUAAACGAAUUGAAGGAGAUUCCAGCAGAAAUUGGAGAAAUACCAACACUCAGGUCAAUUAAAUUGUACUUAUGCAAUGAAUCAGUGGUGUUGUCAGCUAAACAGAUAUUUGACGAACAACAGGAUUUGCAUGGAGACCAAAUUGACCUUCUUGUUCACGCUACAGUUUGGAUGGAAGAUGAAUCACUGCAAAAGUUGGCAACUUCCAAUUUUAAAGUUAAAGUGUUUUAGACUGAUGUUAUCAUAAUUAUCACUCUUCUUUUAUGUGUUUUUUCCUCCUGAUUCUAGUUAAUUAACUCUCUCUUUCGCUUUUCCGAUUGCCAAGUUGAUAAGAUUUGUUUGUGACAUCAAUUUUCAUUUCUCAUUUUGGAAAUUUGGAAUUGCUUUGGCAUGUACUACAGUUUUUGAAGCCGAAAACAAAAUUAAGCCAGACAUUUACAUUAGUGGUCAAUUUCGAUUAUA